GGAAGAAAGAAUCCUGCAAAAUUCCUAUUUCAACAACUUAAGUAAAGAAAACAAUAAAAAGGGCCAUAUUAAAAUAGGACCUGCAUAUUCCUUACGUGAUACCUAAAGAAAAAAUGUUAAGAAAUAAAUUAAAAGUACUAUUAAGUAUCUGUGCUAUAUUAUUAUAAUCUGCACUUCGACUAUCUUUCGGAGCUGACUGACAGGUGAGUGAUAUUGACAUUUUUGUCUUCGGAAUUAUAAAGAUUUAGAGGUUAAAAGUUCCGAUGAUAUUUAUUGCCGUGCCGUAAUAGAUUAAAAUUUUUGAUACUUAACUAAUAUUAAAGCCAGUUCCGUUUAGUUAGGACUAUUUUUGUGUCAUUACAAAAGUUAUUCCUUCACACAGAAAAUGGAAGAUCAAAACAGUAUUCUAUCAAGUCUUGAAGUGUCUACUUCGGAAUUGAACACAAAGACACUACAGAAAAUAUUACUGAAAGUAAAGAAAAUAAAUGCUCAAUCAAAUCAUAGUACCGAUACCUUGGAAGUCUACAGCAAGAUGUUGCAAAAACUAUGGAAUCAUCUACUGCAUGGACUAAAUGAGUUUGACGAUCAAUUACUUUGUUCAACAUGUUUUUAUACCAUUCUUUGUUUGCAUAAAGACAAUGCUUUUAUGGAUUCAAUGUUACAAAGUGUUUUGGAACAAUUAAAUAGAAGCGAAGGAAAAAAUGAAGACAAAGGAAUAAAACUAUCAAUAACUUAUGGAAUGUUCCAGUCCAAUUUUCUGACACAAAAGGAUCAUGAAUAUGGUUUUAUUUUAAAUGAUAUUCUCAAUUCUAUAUUAAAUUUGCUAAUUAACAUGGCUUAUGAAUAUUCACAUCAUAGAACAAUCGUUUUUAAAGUUUUAAUAUCACUAAAGAAAUUAUUGGGCACAAAUUUACAAAGUAUAGUGUUCACAAAACACAAUCAAAUAAGAUUGUUGAACUUAGUGAAUCAUAAUUGGGAGAAUUCAAUUAAUGGAACUAGAAAUUUAAAUAAAUUAAUUUUACAAUAUGUUAUUGAAGUAAUUGAUGACGAAAUGAAAAAAGAAAUUAUAGAAGAAAUUCAUGCAUUCUAUUGGAACAAAGCUAAAUAUUUAACAUUUUCUGAAAUCAUAGACCAAUUUAAGGGUAAUUUAAAAUCAUUUAUAGAUAGAUACAACUUAGUUGAAGGUCUAUUACAUAGUCUAUGUAGACCUGGAUUAGUAUCGGCAGGGGCUGAUAUGUAUUACUCUAUAUUGAAGAAAAUGUAUUCCGAUGACCAAUGGGCAGAUGUUUUUUUAGACAAAAUUACAGAAAUGCUUUGUUCCACUUUACAUAAAGCAAAGGAACAUUUCAUAAACUACUGGUGUUUAAGUACACUCAAGAAAUUUCCAUCUGUGGGUAUGAUGAUAAUAAAUUCUUUACAAAAACAUGAGGACACUGGACAAAGAAUGUUUAGUAUUUUGAGUGUAGCAAAGCAAUGUAACAAACUUAAUCUAUUUGAAAAGAAUUGGAUAGUAUUAACAGAGGUUGAAAGAAAUAUUCUAUGUGGGAUAGAACACUGUAAUCCUCAAAUUAGAAUGACAGCUUUUGAUAUAGUGUGUGUGUCUCAUGGAAAAUCUUGGCCUCGGAGAAAUGAAUAUGAAAUAAUCUUAAAUUUUCUUUCUGAUAAUGUUAAUUCAGAUUGUACUGUAUUAAGAUUGAGCAUGCUAAACAGUUUGGGAAGCUUUUUAAGCCGUCUGCAAACAUUACAUUUAAAUAACCCACAUAAAGCAGACGAAGACAAGGAAAAUUUAUUAUCAUUUUGUGCAAAAGUGCAAGAGUUUAUAAUCUUUUCAUUGAAUCUAAAUGGGAAUUAUCAACGUAAAGUUACUACAAUUAAAAUAACAAAUAUACUUUUUAAUUGUAUUACCGAGUUUCCGAAGAAAAAACAAAAUCAAUUUAAGCAAAUCAAUUAUUUAUUAAUAGAUUUUAUAUCUGAUAAUAAAUUUUGGAUUCUUUAUAAUGAAGAUGUGAUUAAAAAACUGAUAAGUUUGCUAAAUGAUCCUGCAGAUGAUAUAAGAGAAAAUGUUGUACAAUUAAUGUUGAGUCAUUAUAUAAAACAAUUGAAACAGCCAGUUGUAAUAAAUCAAAUUAUUGAUAAUGCACUCUUUAAAAUUAAAAGUAAAUUCUUUUAUGACAUAAACUGUGCGCAGAGUAUAUUCAGACUGUUAGCUAAUGUGUUUUUAAAAGAAGUGUCUGUAAAUGCAGCUAUGUUUCAAAAUGUAGAAGAUAUUUUUAUGUUUUCUUAUAAUGAGCUUUUAUCUGAAUACAAUUUAAAAAGAGAUAUUGUGGAAUCAAUUGAAAAUGGAAAACAGUUACAUUCAUAUAUGUGUAUAUUAUGUGCUUUAUUCGAAGCAUGUAUUAAAAAUUCAUAUAAAUUGAAAAUUACUGAAGAUUCUAUUAAUUUAUUGUUAGACAUAUUACAAGGUGUAUCUAAUCAAUUUGUUUGGGAAGAAGGAGUUUCAACAAGUUCCGAUUUUUCUAAAAUGAAUGAUAUGGUUCGAGAAAUUAUUAAAAAUUCGGGUUAUUCAAGUAAUGAUGCAGACGAUACUAAAAUUACAGGAUUAGAACAAAUCGUCUUAAAUUGUUUGUGGUUAAAUGUGAAGGCAUCCUGUGAAUUGGCAGCACUUAUUAUUAAAUAUUGUAAUUCUGAUACACAACUAGAUGUAUGUGAAAAAUCUUUAUCCGUAAUUACAAAAGUUCUGGAGACAUCUCGUCACAAAGGGGCUAUAGAAGCAGCGGGAGUUGCUUUAGGUGAAAGUAUACACUGUUUAACAUCUUUGACAUCUGAGAAUAGCCUUUCAAAUCUACCCCUAUUAUUAUUAAAACAAAAACUCGAGGAAUUGAUUUUGGAAGCCAACAGCAUGGCAUCUGUUACAAGAAGAGGUGCAGGUUUAUCAAUUAUGGUACAUAGAAUUGUCAGUAAUGACAUGCGGAAAAAUAAGCCAUUGUUCCACUAUUUUAUCAACACUUCGUUAGUGACUUGCAAAACAUUUGAUGACAAUGUGAAAGAUUCACCAAAUUGUGACAAUGAAAAAGAUCUACCGAAGGCUGUGUACAUACACCUCCUAACAAGAAUAGUCACAGAUAGUAGUCUGAUUACAGAGGUUAUGUAUUAUUCUGCUGAAUUAGCUGAACUUGCAUUUAAUAAUCUAACAAGUCCACAUUGGCAAAUAAGAAAUGCCGCACUUCAAUUAUAUGGUGGUUUAAUACCUAAACUAAUUGGCCAAAAGAAACCAUCUGGUUCCGAAGAUGAGGUGACUGCCACCGUUGCAUGUGAUGAAUUUCGGACACAUUUCCCUAACUUAUGGUUGUUUAUAUUGGAACAGUUAAAAUUAAACAAUACCAAAGAUAUAUUACAGUCACAUUCCAAUUUAUUACCUAUACUAAAUAUUCUAGGUAAUAUCGCAAAGAGAUAUAACUUCACAUAUGAUUUGGAAUCUCAAAUGGAGACUGAGGAACUGUUGAAAAAUUUAAGUCUACUAUUGGGAAGUCCGAUAUUUGCUAUAAGACGAUUGACAGCAAAAUCUAUAUUCAAUAUAUAUUCAUUUAAUGAUAUUUAUGAAUUACUUAUCAAAAUAGAUGAACCAAGUGAAAAUUUCCUUCACGGUUGCCUUUUAUUAUUGGUAAUUUGUAAUAAUUAUUACAAAGAUACAAAAUAUCUGAACCAACUUGAAUUAUUGAAAGAUAAAUUCAAUGAAAUUGUACAUUGUAAACGGCAUUCUUAUUUGUGCAAAGAAUUAAUGGAACAUGUUAUCAAUAGGGAUUAUAAAGUGUCUGAUUUAGAGAAGAUUUUACUACAAACAGGCAAAAAUGAACCUGGACAUUAUCAAUGGAUGAAUACACAAAUUAGCAAAUAUUUAAGAAAUUGUCCGUCAAAUGAAUUACCUAAUGGCAUACAAAAUAUUUUAAACAGCAGUGAAUAUGAAAAACAUUGUGAAAUCUUAUUUGCAAGACUAGAUUCAAAUAUUGAUGGAGACAUACUGAGAGAGAUAGCUAAUAUUCUACUAUCAUUUCCUAAGAGAAUGUAUAGUUGCAUUAUUUGGAAGAUUCUGUAUAAAAUAUCUUGCUUAACAAGUAUUGAUAUCAAAGAAAAUAUUGAAGACAUUGUUAAAUACAUAAAAAAUGAAAGAAUUCCUUAUAUAUUAAGGUAUAUGACGCCAUUUAUUGCCAAAACAACUGACAAUGAAAAUAUUAUAUUGGUUGUAUGUAAAAUUACAUACAAGUUAUGUUUUGCAGAGGACUUUGAUGUAGAUAUGAGAAUGAUUUCAGCGAUUACUAAUAAUGAAAUUGCUUCUAAACUAAGCAAAUAUUCUGAUGAAAUAAAAAUAAUAUCUAUCAAGACUGCAAUUGUUUUGUUGCAAGACGAGGAUGAAGAUGUAAGAAAUUUAAGUAUACAUUAUUAUAAAAACAUAAAAAAUACCGCACAAGUCUUACAUCCAUAUGUUUGUUUAAGGAAUAUUUUGAAUUUCAAUUUCUUAAGCUCUGUUUUAAUUGACCCCACAACUGGUAUAGAUUCAAUAUGUCAAGGACUGAUAGAUAUUUUGUCGCAUGGAAAUAUUGUAAAUUCAGAAGACUAUAAUCCCUUUGCAAAUGAUUCUAAAAACAUUUAUCAAGAAGUUGAAUUAAUAAAACAUCUAAUUCAAAGUUUAAAGGAAGGUUAAUAAGAAAUCAUAUGAAUAAAAAUUGUUUUUUAUUACUUACCAUACUAAAUACAUUUUAAAAUAAAUCUA